UAUUUAUUUAGGCGGUGUAUGGAUUCCUCUUUUUUGUUCGUUUUAUUUUUAAACUUCGGAUGGUUUUGAAUGGGUCCAUGAUGAAGGAAGACAAACGGGAACAUGGCUGUUGCUACGGACAGGUUUCGUGUUGCUGCGGAGCUCAACCGUCUCGACUGUGCUGCAAGUUCUGUCCUCCGAUCUACUUAUCCGUGUCCACCAGACUCAUGUACUGUCUGAUGCUGUUCCUGUCGACGGCUGUGAUGUGUCUGAUGCUUCUGCCGCAAUUGUCGGAUUUUCUAAAAAGUGAGUUGCCAGAUGUGGUCAAUAUUUGCGCUAGGGUCGGCGCUGGCGAGGACUGCCAAAACCUCCGUGGAUACGCUGCAGUGUACAAGCUCACUUUGACGUCUUGUGUCCUUCAUGCCGUCUUGGGUUUGGCAACUAUUGGCGUAAAGUCAAGUGAUUCCUGCAGAGCUAAAUUGCACAAUGGAUUCUGGCUGUUCAAAUUUGGCGCCUUUGGUGCUAUGUGCUAUGGUGUUUAUGUGUUGCCGCUGAUGCAGAUGGAAACUUUUGUUGAAGGUUUGCUCCUGACGUCGCUGGCACUUUUGUGUGCCACUGGCACGGGUUACUACUUCUUGUACGAAAUGUUCGGAGAGCAGUGCGACUUCAAUCGCUACGUCAUCUAUGCAACGUGCGCAGUCUCUGUUGUGUCCGUCAUCCUGUCCUUGUUUCCCCGUUUUGGUGGACCGAGGAGAGGCGUGUUCAAAGCAGCCGGGAUUUCCGCCUACGCCUGCUACUUGACCUGGUCGGCCCUGGGGAGCGAACCCUUGGAGGGGGAAGCUGUGAAAAGCUUUCUGAACCCCGUGGAGAACACCACCAACCUGUGCUUUGUGGCGGGUUUCGAGUCCGAAGCUGUGACCAAUUAUGUCUUUCCCAUCAUGGGCAUAUCCGUCAUGUUCUUCACUGUGGUUUACGCGAGAGUUCCAAUAAUGGAGGACAUGCUGUGUGGAAUUAAUGAGGAUGGUUUUGUUUCAUCAAUUGCAGAAGAAGGACUCGAGGAGAUCAAUGCAGGACAGCGGUUGUUGAUUGACGAAGCAGAAGGAACCCGGUACUCGUACCCGCUGUUUCAUCUUUUUUUCAUUCUGGCCUCGUUUUACAUCAUGGCCCAAUUGACGCAUUGGUAC